AUGGCCUCCGAUGCCGCCAACCACCCAAGUCCUGCCGGCUCCGUGGCUUCAUCGGUGACCCCCGGCCUGAAUUACAAUAGUAAUAAGCGUAGUGCUCCGGACCAUCCAAGCCCGGCUGGCCCCGGGAAUGCCGAAGUUGUCACUCCGGCCGGCGCCGGCACGUCGCCCGCUUCUCAACCACCCGGCGACUCCAACAAGAAACGCCGUGUCGGUCCUGGCUCCAGGGGCGUCGCCAACCUGACGCCGGAGCAACUAGCCAAGAAGCGCGCCAACGACAGGGAAGCCCAGCGAGCCAUCCGCGAGCGCACAAAGAACCAGAUCGAGACCCUGGAACGCCGUAUCCAGGAGCUGACCUCCCAGCAGCCCUACCAGGAGCUGCAGGCCGUCCAGAGGGCCAAGGAGGCCGUCGAGGCCGAGAACGCGGACCUGAAGCGCCGCCUGGCUGCCUUCAUCGCCUCUAUUCAGCCUUUCAUCUCUACUUCUCCACCGAACCAACCGCCACCGCCGCCGGCAGACCCGCACCCUGCCGUCUUCCCAUCCCCCAGCGGCAGCUACUCCCACGUCCACCAGCACAACGGGCCCAUCUCGGCGCACAAUGCCUCGACGCCCAACAGCGCGGCCUCUCCCGCCUCCAUCGACCCGACCGCCGGCUGGCAAACGACGCCCAACGGCAGCGGCGGCGGCGGCGGUGGUGGUGGAGGUGGCGUCCCGGAUCUAUCUCCCCCGAACCACAUGUACGCCGCGAGCAAGAUGCUCGACCAGCAGCGGCAAGGGCUCCGCCACGGCCUCGACUUCGGCCCGGAGAAGCUCGGCCUGGACUUCCUCCUCCUCGACCAGAACGCCCGUGUCGGCAAGAUCCAGAGCGGCGUCAACGGCGCCCAGGACACGCCGAGCUACAACCACGUGCCCAUGAAGCAUGACUGGACCGGCGUCGGUCCCGUCACACACAGCCGGAGCCCCUCGCUCAGCGGACCGACCGUCCACACCCCGCGGUCACAGGUAGACUAUCCUCAGCAGACAGCAGCCGUCAUCCUCCGCCCCCCCGAAUCCCGAGCCCUAGGCCACCACACAGCCGAAGUAAAAAACUGCGGCCCAACCUGCCCCCUCGACAGCCUCCUCCUAGACUUCCUCCACGAGCGCCGCCAACGCGCCGCCGACGGCCUCUCCACCCACGAAAUCAUCGGCCCGCGCUACCCCAGCGUGCUCUCCCUCCUCAACCCGGCGAACAGCAAAUACUCCCACCCGCUCUCCAAAGUCUUCACCGACAUCCUCGCCACCUUCCCCGACCUGUCCGCCCUCCCGCAGCGCGUCGUCGUCCUCUACAUCAUGUUCCUCAUCAUGCGCUGGCAAAUCUCCCCCACGCAAGAAAACUACGACCGCCUGCCCGAGUGGGCGCGCCCUCGCCCCACGCAGCUGUUUACAGAGCACCCGGCCUGGAUCGACCACGUGCCGUUCCCCGCGAUGCGCGAUAAGCUGUGCCGCGACUAUAACCCGCGCGAGUACCUCUUUGACAACUUCUUUGUGCCGUUCACCACGACGCUGAGCCUCAACUGGCCGUACGAGGAGACGGAUACGCUGCUGCAGGUGCCGGAGUCGGAUGAGGUGCUGAUUAACCCCGUCUUUGAGCGGCACCUGCGGAGGCUGGAGAAUUGGACGUUGGGCCAAGCUUUCAACCAGACGUUUCCUAAGCUGAGAGAGACGUAUAAUUUGAAGGAGUGA